GACAUCCAAAGCAUGUAAGAUAGUACAACUAGAUAUCUUUUAUUGAAUCCAAAAGAUUUUAAUUAUAUUUUGCUACAUAUAAAGGUAUUUUAAAGAUUUUGAAGUGUCAAAAGGUCAUUUGGUUUAACCGUCCAAAGGCCAUACAGCCAUUUCAUUUGUGAUUAAAAUAUCUUAAAAUGUAAUAAAUGUAUAUAUUUUUUAUUCUGUCAUGAUUUUAUAACAUCAUAUAUCAACAUAGUGCAAAAUGGUAUUAAAAUUAUGUGUAGAAGUUGUUGCUUUGUUAUGAAAAAAAAAUGUACGGAAAAAAGAAUUUCAUUGAUGUCAUUCGGAGUAACCAAUAUAAAGGGACCAUUUUGGAUCAAGUCAUGCGGUCAAUAUCAUGUGACAGGAUGUGACAUCAUUCAGACACCUGCAAAGGACCACGUGGUCAUGAAACAAAUGGGACACUGUCACCCCAGCAUCACUCAGGCCGCUGCUGCUCAGAUGGAUCUUCUAAAUACAAACACUAGAUUCCUUCAUGAUAAUAUAGUGCAGUAUGCAGAUCGGCUGGCAGCCACACUGCCAAAGAAGAUUUGUGUCUUUUAUUUUGUCAACUCAGGUUCAGAGGCUAAUGAUCUUGCUUUGAGACUGGCCCGUCAGUAUACCCAACACCAAGAUGUCGUCGUGCUAGAUCAUGCAUAUCAUGGACAUCUCACCCCACUCAUCAACAUCAGCCCGUACAAGUUCCAGAAACUAGAGGGCCAGAAGGAAUGGGUUCAUGUGGCACCUCUCCCUGAUACUUACCAUGGUAUUUACAGAGAAGAUCAUCCUGAUCCAGGACAGGCUUAUGCAGACACAGUGAAAAGUCUUAUUGAAGAGGCGCAUAAGAAAGGACGCAAGAUUUCAUCUUUUUUUGCUGAAUCUUUACCCAGUGUUGGUGGCCAGAUCAUUUUUCCAACUGGUUAUUGUAAAAGAGUAGCAGAAUACGUUCAUGAAGCAGGAGGAGUUUAUGUGGCAGAUGAGAUUCAGACGGGCUUCGGUCGUGUUGGGAGUCAUUUCUGGGCUUUUCAGCUUGAAGGUGAAGACUUCUGCCCUGACAUUGUGACCAUGGGCAAACCAAUGGGCAAUGGUCAUCCAAUUGCAUGUGUGGCCACUACAAAGGAGAUAGCUGAUGCUUUUACAGCCAAUGGUGUCGAGUACUUCAACACAUUUGGUGGUAACCCAGUAUCCUGUGCCAUUGGUCUGGCAGUGUUAGACGUGAUUGAGAAGGAAGACCUCAGAGGCAAUGCUGUGCGUGUCGGUGGUCAUCUUAAACAGCUGCUCCUUCAGCUUCAGACUAAACAUCAACUCAUCGGAGAUGUGCGUGGUGUUGGACUGUUUAUAGGUAUGGAGCUAGUUAAAGACAGGGUGUCCCGAAAACCAGCAACAGAAGAAGCAGCACAUCUUGUUCGAAGGCUGAAAGAGGAGCGUAUAGUUAUCAGCACUGAUGGACCAUGGGACAGUGUCAUCAAAUUCAAACCUCCUAUGUGCUUCAGUAAGGAGGAUGCUGAAAGAGUCGCUACUUGCUUUGACCAAAUUCUUGGAGAAUUGGAGGCUACCCACCAAAAAGAGAACUGUGGAAAAAGUUGAGGUAUAAAAAAACAUUCUGAGAAGAAUUUAUUAAUGUGGUGCAUGGAGCAAACAUUUUACAUUUGAAAAUUGAUUUAAGUAAAUAAUCUUUAAAUAAAUCUUUUUAUAUUCAUUUAAAAAUACUGAAAGGUGAAAAAUUCACUCAUGCUACAAAUCUGACAUGGAAUACUUUUAAAAUAAAACUUUUUAUAUUAACAUGAAAUCACACCUCUACAUGCAGGUUUCCAGAAUGAUUAGGAGUUUAAGAUUUCAUUGUGUUUUUAUACUAUACAGUCAUACAACAAUAUAAAUCACUUUUUGUAAACCUGAUGGUACGCAAGUACUCCAGGCUUUAUAUUAUACAUUAUAUUACAUUUGUACUCAAAUAUGUGUUGUGGUUGCAUUAAAUAAUGACACUAAUAAUAAAUGUGGUUAUUGACAAGCA